CUGUGGCAGGUCGGUGUUGAGUUUCCAGAAGGAUGGUGUGCAGUCAUGGCUUUUUUAAAGACGCAAGAACGAACUAAAGAAAGGUUUUCUCUCCUGUUGCUGGACUUGGAGGAAUAUUACUUCGAGCAGCACACUGCAUAUCAUGUGACAACAAACUCAAAAAAGGAGAGAAAAGUCAGAGGCUCAUUCAAGGUGUGCUCCAGAUCUGUCAUAUUUGAUCCAGAGGAUCUUGAAGAGCCAAUUUUAAAGAUUCCUCUUCGAGACUGUAAGAAGAUUGAAUUUGUCGAGAAAGAGAACAACCCCUUCAACGAGCCGAGGCCAUCUACCAUCUGUAUUACAUGUGUACAGGUUAUCUACAUCAAAGAGAACAGUGUCAUAGCACCUUACAGGAAUGAAAGGGGGUCUAAGAAGGUGACUUUUCAGCUGGAAGGUUGGAGUAAAACAGAAGAUGUUGUUCAAACAUUACUACAGCUCCACAGGGCGUCCUGUCUGGAGAAGCUUGGAGACCAAACUGCAAUGAUUGCAGCCAAUUUACAAUCACGACUGGCGAGAUCAUCUUUUGACAAAAACUGCUUUCAGAGCGUCGCUGAGAAGCCUCACAUGGAGUGUGCGGUGGAGAUGGUCACGCCUUUGGUGUCCAAUCCCGGCCACAUCUGCAUAACAGAUGAAAGCCUCUACUUCCAGCCUCUCAAUGGAUAUCCGGAACAGGUGAUUCAAAUCAAACUCCACAGAGUCAGGAGAAUCUACAAAAGACGGCAUGGACUCAAACCUCUGGGUCUUGAGGUGUUCUGUACAGAGAACGAUUUCUGCUCUGACAUCUACUUGAAGUUUUACAACACGGCUGACAGGGAUGAAAUCUACUACUACAUCGCUACUUUCCUGGAGAACCACAUGACGGAGCACACAGCGGAGAGCUACAUGCUGCAGUGGCAGCGCGGCCAAAUGAGCAACUACCAGUACCUUCUUCACCUCAACAACCUGGCUGACCGCAGCUGCAACGACCUCUCCCAGUAUCCUGUCUUCCCCUGGGUCAUCGCUGACUACACAAGCGCACAGUUGGAUAUGACCAAUGCUGCCACAUUCAGGGACCUGAGCAAACCUGUGGGAGCCCUAAACAAAGAGCGACUAGACCGACUGCUGGCUCGCUAUCGAGGCAUGCCUGAACCUCGCUUCAUGUAUGGCAGUCACUACUCAUCUCCAGGCUACGUCCUCUUCUACCUGGUCAGAGUCGCUCCAGAGCACAUGCUUUGUCUCCAGAAUGGCCGCUAUGACCACGCAGAUCGCAUGUUUAAUAGCAUAGCUGAUACAUGGAAAAACUGCUUGGAGGGAGCAACAGACUUUAAAGAGCUGAUUCCAGAGUUUUAUGGGAACGACUGCAGCUUCCUGGAAAACAAACUGAAUCUUGGUUUGGGCAGAAGGCAGAACGGAAGUUUAGUCGGAGAUGUUGUUCUCCCACAGUGGGCCUCAGAUGCCAAUGAUUUUCUUCAGAAGCACAGAACAGCUCUUGAGAGUCAGUAUGUGUCCGAGCACCUUCAUGAGUGGAUUGACCUGGUGUUUGGCUUCAAACAGAGAGGCAGUGAAGCUGUCGCAGCCCACAACGUGUUUCACCCACUGACCUACGAAGGAGGCAUCGACUGUGAUAGCAUCGAGGACCCUGACCAGAGAAUCGCCAUGCUGACACAGAUCCUGGAGUUUGGCCAGACGCCCAAACAGCUGUUCACCACCCCUCACCCUCAGAGGAUCACACCCAGGUUUCAUAACAUUACUCGAAGCCUCAGCAGCAACUCGCCAGUCAGUGAACUGUCUCCAGCCUCUCAGAGUGAGGACUCGUCUUUUGAGGACCUGACUGAGGAGAGCAGGAAGUUGGCCUGGGCAAACAUGGGAAAUCUGAAACCCAUCUCAAGCCACAAGAUCCAUAAAGAGGCUGUGACAGGCAUCGCUGUGAGUCGAGAUGGAGCAGCUAUUUUCUCCACAUCCCAAGACUCAACACUUAAAAUGUUUUCCAAAGAGUUGAAGGACUUCCAGAGAAGCAUGUCCUUCUCUAACAUGGUGUUAUCAUCAUGUUUGAUGCUGGCAGAUGGUAAAACUGUGGUGUGUUCUUCCUGGGACAACAAUGUUUAUUUCUACUCCAUCCCAUACGGCAGGCGGCAGGACACACUGAUGGGUCAUGAUGAUGCUGUCAGUGAAAUGUGUUGGUUUGAUGACCAGCUGUACACAGCAUCCUGGGAUUCCACCGUCAAGGUGUGGCAGUGCGCUGCUGAUAGCUCAUCCAGUUACAAGAGAUCCCAGUUUCAGUUACUGGCUGAGUUGGAACAUGAUGCUGGGGUGAACGCCAUCGGUCUGAAUCAAGCGGGGACUCUGCUGGUGUCUGGCUGUAAAGAUGGGACCAUCACCAUCUGGGACACCAGCAGUUACGGGACACUGCAGCAGAUCCACUGCCACACUGGAACCAUCCACCACGUGGCCUUUAGCCCAGAUAGCCGACACGUCCUCAGUGUCGGUGCCGACUUCUGCAUGAAAGUUAUUGACGUCCAGACGGGAAUGCUGAUCUCAUCUGUGAAAGCUGAAGAGGAGCAGAGGUGUUUCUGCUGGGACGGGCACUCGGUGCUCUGUGGGGGACAGUCUGGAGACCUCCUGCUGAGGGACCUGCUCAGCAAUACAGUCACCCAAAGGAUCCCAGCACACUCAGGUGCGGUCACGGCCAUGUGGAUGAGUGAGCUGUGCUCCACAGUUAUCACAGGCGGGGAGGACAGACAGAUCAUCCUCUGGAAGCUCCAGAGCUAAAGGACCAUUUCUGCACACCCCCUUCUGCUGGGGAGACAAUAUACAGGACAAUACCAGCCAAGUAUCCUGCAGACUACGUGACCCUGCAGACGAUCUGACUUUGGGCAGAGACUAAUGAAACAUUUGUGAGGAGCUGAAAAGGUACUGUAAAUGUACAGAGAGCAUCUGGAGGGAGAUGACAGCUUAAAUCUCAACUGUUCUCAUUCCAAAACCAAACAAAAGGUCACUCAUGUUAGUUGAUAGCUAUCUGCAUAUUGAGAGAAAAUAUCCAAUUGCAGUUUUGUGCAUGAGAGCAGGAAGCUCAACCACUGUACACGCCUUAUUUCUCACUUCUGUUUUUCUUACGCUAAAUUUGUGAGGAUUUUUUUUCUAUUAUGUGUCAUGUUACAUUACUUUUUUUUUUUUUAAAAUUAGUUAUCAAGUUUCUAUGGAUUUGUGUUCAUCGCUUCAGGCUGCUCAGGUGUUAUCAUUAUCCAAAUAACACUCAUGUCUAAAGGUAA